GUCCCCCCCCCCCUCUCCCGUCCUUCGUUCCUCGGCAAGCCCUAGGGUUUAGGGCUUUAGGCGCGCGAUGUACGGCGGCGGCGGGCACUACGGCGGCGAUGGCGGCGGCGCCGCGAACGCCAACUCCCUCUUCGGCGGCGGGGGAUUCAUGCCCUCGCAGUCCACCGCGGUCCCGGAGAGCAGCGGCGGCGUCUCCAAGGGCCGGAACGCGCAGACGCUGCUGCCGCUCACCGUGAAGCAGAUCAUGGACGCGGCGCAGGCCAGCGACGACAAGUCCAAUUUCACCAUCAACGGCGUCGAGGUGUCCACGGUUAGGCUUGUUGGACGCAUGCUGGGUAAGAUUGAGCGGGUCACAGAUGUUCAAUUCACUCUUGAUGAUGGUACCGGCAAGAUAGAUGUGAAUCGCUGGGAAAACGAGUCUUCCGACACUAAGGAAAUGGCUGAUGUCAAUGAUGGGAACUAUGUCAUUGUCAAUGGUGGUUUGAAAGGUUUUCAAGGAAAGCGCCAUGUGGUUGCUUACUCUGUUCGGCGUGUGACAAACUUCAAUGAUAUAACACAUCACUUUCUGCACUGCAUUUAUGUGCAUUUGGAACUCACCAGGUCAAAGUCACGGUCGCCACCCCAAAUAAAUUCUGGUACAGCAACCCCUGUACAUGUUAACCAAGUUCGGCCCCCCAAUAUUCAGGCUACAUCAUUCUUGGGAUCAGGAAAUACUUCUGAAAAUGAUGUAUCCAGCUUGAUCAUGAAUGUUUUUCAUGACCCAGCAAUCAUAGACCGGGAGGAUGGGAUAACUAAAGCAUAUGUCAUAGAGCGUCUUAAACUACCAGAGGACAUGGUCAGGUAUUUUCACCACAAUAUGUUCAUUUGUUCAGCUUGCUCUAUAUUAUCAUGGUACAGACAAGAUGUACCAUUAAAUUGUCUGAUGUCUUUUACUUAGGAAACCCGUAACUGGAAUACUCUGGUUAAAACAUGUCUUGUUUUUAUUCUAUAUCACGAGUUACAACACGAUCUUGCUUCCGUUUCACAUAUUGUUCACAGUAAGGUCUUCCAACAACAUAUUGAUGACGGCAACAUUUACAACACGAUUGAUGACCUCCAUUUCAAGUCUGCCAUGAAUGGUUGAUCAUGUUCCAGGCCUGUGUCAGGCUCCAUGUAGGCGGGGAGCCGGUUCCAAGGAAGUUUAAGCGCUCUGCAGGAUUGCCUCGCGAAUCCUGCAUAUAUUCAUAAGGGAACCGACAGCUAAGCUUGGUUAAGUUGUGUUCUUGCUAAGUACAGUUCCCUUACUGCAAUUAAUUAUCUAUGUAAUGGAGUGAUGGACACUGUGAGUAGGCUAGGUCUCCCUUCAGGACAUCUGUUGUGUUUGCUACUUCAAUAACCCUGUGUAAAUCACCCGUGUUUUGUUUCUCUGCCGUGGCCUAUUUUAUGUGUUAUGGCCAUCCGCGAAA